AUGCGAGAGCACGUCGAGCGCAGCCCGUCGCCAUCUCGGGAACAGGUGAUGCUGCCGUUUCUGGAAAGCUUCGAUCAAAGCAUGAGUUGGGACAAGAAGCGAAUCGAGAUUGCGAGACAGACUCUGUGCAAUCCUAGCUCCUGGAUGACCAAAUUUUGGGACGUGACGCCACGCAAACGCUCGAAGAAGGAGAAGUGUCCGGACUGCAAGCGGAGAAAGUGUUAUUGCUCCUCUACAAGCUCCGAACCUCCUGCGAAGAGGGCGAAGAAGGAACACAAGAAGUACACCCACGCGCAAGAGGGUGCCGAGGACUGUGCAGAGACUGUGGCAGAACCGGAGAACGAUCUCCAAGUGGCUAGAAAGUUACUCGACCUCCAGUGCAACGACCCGUCUGCAAGGCGGUCUCUGAAGACUGUAGCCGAGACGGAUUCGCCGCCAAAGCCGCGAAGAAUCCGCCUCUUACCGCCCAAGCCUCCAAAAGCCGAUGGAAGCGUGAGAUGUGGCAGCUGCAGGAAGUUUCUCGGCCUCGGCGACCACGUCAACGACGAGUUUGCCGCCGCGAUCUGCUUCUGUGACUGCGGAGAAGGUGUCUAUUGUGGCACCCGGUGCCUUUCACGCCAUAAGCAGAGUCACCACGGGUUUGGCGAGGCAGCGGAGAAUAAUCAGGCCUCAAAGCGGAACGGCAGCAUGACCACGACAUGCGCACAGUGUGAAGCAGCUUUGCCCGAGGACACAUAUGAUUUUGACACCGACGAGGAGUUGAUCUUCGAGUGCAAUGUGUGCGAGACCGCCAGGUUGUGCAGUGAUGAAUGCCUUGCCUUGCAUUUCUCGAUGUGUGAUAGCCCUGCCAAGGGUCCUAGUGCUAGAGCAAAAGGGAAAAUGAGAGCACGCUCUCGGUCACCCGAGAAGGAGAAUGAAGAAGAUGAACAAGACGACUGCUGGCGCAGAUGUUAUCAUUGUCUUGCGCCGCUACCGGAAGAGCACGCCAAAGGCGAUGAUGAUGAGCCUGUAGAAUGCCAAGUCUGCGACGAUGUCAUUUGCUGCAGUGACUCGUGCCUUGACGAGCAUUGGGGCGAUGAACAUCCUGAUGCGACCAUCUCGCCUCCCCGCACUGCCUGCAGCCGCUGUCUCGCCAGACCACUGGGUCCAAAUCGUCUUCAACGCUGCACAUGCGGCAAACGUCUGUACUGCGACGCGGAGUGCCUACAGUUGGAUUGGGACGAGAGGUUGCAUCGAUGCACCGACAAAAAGCACUGCAAUCGCUGCGGCGUGUCGCAAGCUGAGGACGGUGGGCCUCUGAAGUCAUGCCCUUGCGACCAGAAGUUCUAUUGCAGCAAGACGUGCCUUGUGAGCGACCGGAAAUACAGCGUUCACUCGUGUGAGCUCUCCGAAUCUGACAAGUCGUCGCGAGCGGGCCUGAAGAGUUACGAGCCGGACACAUCAGCGGGUGCGGCAAUCAUCGGUCACAGGUUCCUUGACAAUCGCACACUGGAGUAUCAAGUGAUCCGUCCAGAUCAGCCCACGAUUACCGUCCGCGCAACAACAUUGCAGGGACAGUCAUGGACGGACAAGAUGCGGAGCUACUGGACACACCCCGAGUCCAUGAAGCUUAAGCGGAAGGUGAUGGAGCAUCCUCUGGACUACGACCGCGAGCCCGGACCUAUAGGACGAUUUGUACAAUCUGCUGCAAUCUUCGCAUACCGAGAACUCCUCUGUAAUGUGAGGGAGUUCUCGGCAGGUGGUCAGGAUGAACGACGCGCUGAAUCUCUAGGGCCUGAGUAG